AUGUCCUCCGACGAGGAAGCAGUUCGACCCUCCGGUCGCAAUGACAGACAGAGUCCCGCUCUCAGUGACACAGGCAAUGGUUCAGGCGCCGAGAACAACUUUGGUGACCGAAUGGAUGAGGACGAUGAUGCCGAUCUUUUUGGCUCAGAGGGAUCUGAGGGUGGACUGGAUAACAUUGACCGAGCCCACCGCAACUUAGACGAUGAGCAACUUGACUCGGGCGAUGAUGAGGGCCGCUAUGAUCGACGUGAAGACCGGAUGGAUGACGCGGUGGAUGAGGAGGGUUACGGCGAGACCGUCAACAUCAUGGACGUGGGCCUUGCGCGAGCGCCGGUACCAGCGACCAACGACGGAGAGGUUUACACGAUGCGCGUGCCGGAUUUCCUCUCAGUCGAAGCCGAAGAAUUCAACCCGGAAACCUAUGUUGCGCCGCCUUAUUCUACUGCCGCCACCUCCCUGUGCUGGCGCAAAGACCCCGAAGAUGAGUCUCUCUUGGAGUCAAAUGCGCGUAUGAUUAGAUGGGAGGAUGGUUCUUUGACGCUUCAGCUCGCAUCCGCCCCUCUGGAGCAAUACCGCAUCUCAUCUAAAUCCCUUGCACCUCUCACCAAGUCCGGCGAAUACGAUACAAAGCUGGAUUCCCAUGUCUAUCUCGGCGCCGCGGUGGAAACGGCAUCGGUUUUCCGAUUGACAUCGCACGUCACACAUGGUCUUACGGUCCUCCCCACUACCUUAGAGACGGACGAUGCCGUUCAGCGACUACAAGAAUCACUGGCCGCAGCGGCUCGCGGCAGCAAACAGACGGCAGACGGCACAGCACCGGUCAUCGAUGUGAAGGAGGAUCCUGAACUGGCCCAGCGCAGAGCCGAGGUGAUGGAGAAGGAUGCCCUGAAGGCUGAACGCCGCCGGCAGCAGCUCGCAGAUCGUGAAGCAGACCGGGGUCGCCGUACUAACGCUCCACGCACCCUCACGACGGGUCUCAGCGUUGGCGGCUUGGAGGAUGAUGGCUUGCGAACAACUCGCCCUCGCGCCAAGCCUCGCCGCACCAACCGCCGGGGCGAGAUCAACACCGACGAUGAGGAAGACUUCAGCCGUGGCCGCACCCGAGAAGACGAAUACGACGAAGACGAUGGAUUCUUGGUUGGCAGCGACGAGGAUAUCGAGGAAGAAGCCGAUGGGGACGAAGAUGAAUUGGAGGACGAGGACAUGGAUGCGGAGGGUGAAGCAGACGAGGAGAUCGAAGUACCUUCUAAGGCUGUCCGAAGCAAACCCAGUGCUAAAGAGUCGGAUGAUGAACCUGCCAGAGCGGGCACGCCUCCUACCCGGAAGAAGCAUCGUUAUGUCGUGGAUGACGAUGAUGACGAGUGA